CUAGAAGAGAACGAUAUCGGAUUUCCAUUGCAUCACCUGUGAACAUUUCGCAGUUAAAAAUAGCAACCCCCCUCCCCCGUGGAACCCAGAAGCCUGCAAGAGUCAGUCCACAUUGACGGAGAGAGAAAGAAGGUAAGAAGGCACCUUAGGAUGCAGCGAUCCGUUGCGCUCACGCUCCUCUUCGGCCUGGGUCUGAGCCUGGCUCAGGACCAGGUCGCGACCAUCUACGAUCUGCCCAACUAUGACGAUACCGGGGCGUGGAGCUUGAGGAAUCAGUAUUGCCCGGACUUUGCCGCCGGUUGUGACCCGUACAUCAGGGACAACGUCAUCUCCAGCGCUUGCGUCACCGGAGUUUGGAUAUUCUACAGCGAAGCCUUAUACAACAGUGAGAACUUUGGAGGAGUGGAAUGGAUCCACGGAGACGACUUCUGCUACAACCUGGGGACGACAAACAACCAAGUCUCCUCUCUCAGGUACGCAGGCGAUACGAACGACUGGAAGUUCGAUUCCAUCACGCUCUUCCAGUUUGAUCUGUUCUUCGGGUUGGAAUACUUCGAGUGGGCGGACACGACCGAUGUGCAAGGGAUGCCCGCUGUGGGGUCCAUCAUCAUCACGGGUCAGAAUUAUUGGACCGUAUACUCGUCGACGAACUUCAGCGGGGACCGAGUCUGCCUCGGGGUCCAGCCGGGACAAUACGUGGGAUUCGCUGCGGAUCUGACCGAGUACGGUAUCACCACGGUCAGGUCGUUCCGACGAGGGUGCUUCGGCGACGAAAAGAUCCAUCUCAAUUCGGAUCAGCACGGCGUCGUCUCCAAGGCCAAGAAAUGAUUUCGCAUCUCGCCUAUCUUCCCUAGAAAUAAAAUCGUGGAGCCUCGCA